GACCUUCAGGGCAGUUUCAUCCACAUUGUAGCUGACACUACUCAGCUGCAGACAUGAACAACCAAGGCGUGACUUAUGCGGAACUCCAUCAUGCUAAGGGCUCAAAGAGACAGCAAGUGCAACCUAAGGGCAUGAAAAGUUCCAUUUCAGUAACUGAGGAGGAGAUAGCCUAUGCAGAAUUAAAUCUUCAAAAUGCCUCUCGGGUCCUUCAAGGGAAUGGCAAGAAGUCUCCCUGCAAAGAUUUAUCAUCAUGUCCAGAGAAGCUCAUUGCUGGGAUCCUGGGAAUCAUCUGUCUUGUCUUGAUGUCCACUGUGGUAAUACUAGCUGUUAAUCCCGGUACUGACACACCGGAGCAGAAUAAUUCUUCCCUGGAAACAAGGAUCCAGAAAGCACAUCACUGUGGUCAUUGCCCAGAAGAGUGGGUUACGUAUUGCAACAAUUGCUAUUACAUCAGCACUGAAAAAAAAACAUGGAAUGAGAGUUUGAUGUCCUGUGCUUCUGAAAACUCUAACCUGCUCUCCGUAGAUAAUGAAGAGGAUGUGAAUAUGUCAGAGUUAAAGGAGAGUACCGAAAGGAGCAAUCACUGGGAAGCCAGGCUUACUCUACGAAGACAGGAUUUAGAUGUCACUAAAGACAUUGUUGCUACGCACAGCUUCAUGGCAGACAUGCUUCCUGGAUUGGCCUGGGACAGAGCAGCUCCACGGUCCACUGGUGAGGAUAGAUCUCAGGCUGUGACCGGCAGGCAAGAAGAACCCACACCAGAGUGUUAG